CCUUCUCGAGUUCAUUGAUUUCUUUUUAACGCCGGUCUUAUAACUUCAUUUUAUUUCCUACACAAAGGCGGUGUAUAACGGCGGCGGUGGUUUCCAAUUUCUUUUUCGAUAGGUUUUACAUCUCAUCGUGAGUUUCUCAUAGGCGAAGGUCUUUCGUAUUUCUUUUUCCGGAUCUGUUUGUUUAUCUCUUCGUUUUUGGUGUAACGAAUGUUUGUUUUUUCAUAUGGAAGAUCCAGAACUUCCUCAUCGGCUUAUUGCCGCCGGUGAAGUACCGCUUGGGGAGAGGGCAAAUGUUUACAACAAGAUGAAAACUUUGAGAGGGAUUUUUGAUGCGUUAGACGAUGAUGAGAUUACGUUCAUCAGGGAUUCUUCUCUCGCCGGAUUACUCGACUUCCCGAACAAGCCGGCGUGGUCCGCUAGUUUUGGCCUGUUUCUCCUUGGCCGCCAGUUGGAUAUUUCUAAAUCAAAUGAGAUCUGGGUUAUCUUCGCUGGUACGCCGAUUCGUUUUUCGCUGAGAGAAUUCUAUCUUGUAACCCGACUUCCAUGCGGGAGAUAUCCGCCGCUUCCAAAAAAAAAGAAGAAGGGGACAGCCGGAAAAGAGAUUCCUUUCUACAGUACUCUAUUUGGUCUUGAAUCCGAUGUUACCGUCGAUCGAGUUAUCACCAUUCUAAAAUCAAAGGCAGUUGACGACCCCUCGUUGCGGAUACGGUAUGCUUGUCUUGCCCUUGUAGAUGGAUUUCUGCUUCCCACUUCCCAUCAUCCAAAAAUCUCGAAAGAGCACGCCGAGAUGUCUGAAAAUUUAACAUUUUUUCUUUCGUAUCCAUGGGGUCGGGUUUCUUUCGAGAUGAUGAUGGCUUCGAUUAAGGAGAGGGAACUUGAACAGCUUGCCACUGCUUCGGUGGCGGUCCAAGGCCUACUAUACGCCCUCCAGCUUGUUGUUCUGCAUUCAGUUCCUGCGAUUCAAGAAGGUCCUGUACUUGAGGAGACUGUUGGUUCAGAGUCUGAGGAAGUGGCGGAGAUUGAGAACUCCCCGCGUCAGGUUGUUCCCUUCAAGCUUGGUAACGCGAAAGAGUUGGAUAGAAAAUGCCAGACUCAUGUUCAACCCAUAAUAUUUCCUGAUGUCGAAAUUGAGGCUGAUGAAGACUUUUCGUGGUCUGAUGAAGAAGAAGAUCCGCGAGUCGAUACCUUGGUUAAGCUCGCUGAGCAAGGUUUCAAGUUCAAUAACGAUAUGUUCCCUGGUGGUUGCAUCCCUUCUCAAAUUUCUAUUGCUCCAAAAAAACAAAAGAGAGGUGCUAAAGUGAAAGGUGGUCGGGUUAGGAAACAGGCCAAGAGGUCUAGGAAUCCUACUGGUGUUAGACGUGCUCAAAAUUCGGGGGAUGUCGAUGAGGAUGGUGGGCAUGGACCUAUUGACAUGAUUGCGCUCUCUCGUAUGUUUGAUGAUAAACUUGCUGCCUCUGAGAAACGGAUUAUAAAGGCUGUGACUAAUUGGUUUAUGAAAAACACAAUAUCUGCUGAGCAAGUGGGAUCUGAUCCGAAGGCUGGAGAUCGUACUGUAGCUAACUCUGAAAACGUUGACAUCAUCCCUUCUCGCAGCGCGGCCACAGGUCGGAAAAAACGUGGUGUUCAGCACCCAAAACCUUCGGGGGAAGCAGACGCCGUGAAUUUGGGAUUCGAUGCAUCCGUCGAAGAGGUGGUUGCUUUUUAUAACGGAAGCUCUCCUUGUGAUGAUACUGGCGUAGUUUCUAUGGAUGUUGAUCCUCUUACCCGGAAUCAGGAAGAAGUCUAUGUUGGUAAUCAACAGGUUAACUUGGUUGGCACUUGUACCGGCAAUGAUUUGGAUUUGGUUGCCAACAACCAGCACACCCCAGCUGAUGAUAUUGUUAAACAAUCUGGUCAUCUUGAGAGGUUCGAUGAAAAUUAUUUUGGUAUCGACCAACGUGUUAUUCGUUAA